GAGAUUGUCCUUACCGGAGAAUUUCAACGGUAACUGGAGUGACGUGCGAAGGAGGAAGUGAGGGGUUGUGGAAAGAAGAGAAGGUGAAUGUACAAGACGGAGAAGAGAAAGCAUGAUUCGAGGAGUAAAGAUCAAAGAGCACAGUACGAGUAGCGAGCAGUUGGUGCUGAUUUGCUGGUCGAUUUUCAUUAAGGGUUUGAUAAAGCUAUGAUGAAUGAAGAAAGGAUGGCGGUAGCGGGUGGUGCGGUAUGUGAGAAUACAGAGACGAUGACAAUGAUAUCUCAGCGACCAAAACCGAAUUUGCCGUCGUUUGAAGAAAUAAGACGUGCCGUGCCGCCAUCAUGUUUCGAAAAGUCGCUGUUCAAAUCACUCUUUUAUCUCGUUUUCGAUUUUGUUAUACUGUAUGGUUUGUACAGAUUUGUUGGUGUAUUCGAAUCAUUUGGAAUUUUUGGGCUAUUUAUAUGGUAUUGCUUUACGGGAAUGUUUGGAUCGUCACUGUUUGUGGUUGGUCAUGAUUGCGGUCAUGGUACCUUUUCCAAAUAUACUUGGGUCAAUGAUCUUUUUGGACAUAUCGCUCAUGCCCCACUUUUGACACCAUACUGGCCCUGGAAGAAGUCGCACAGACAACAUCAUCAGUACACUUCUCAUAUUGACAAUGACAUGGGACAUCCCUGGGUGGUCGAAAAAGAUUUCAUGACACGAGGUUGGAUAAUGCGUCAUUUUUCAAAGAUUCCACUUUCCGGUUUUAUUCGAUGGAGCCCAAUUUACACGAUGGUCGGUCUACCAGACGGCAGUCAUUUUUGGCCUUAUAGUAAACUUUUUAACACCAAUCGUGAACGAAUGGAAUGUGUUAUUAGUGGUUUAGCAUGUUUAUUUUGUACUGUGGUGGCCUUUGUUAUAUGUAAUUAUAGCUGGUUCACAUUCGUCAAAUAUUAUUACAUUUCGUUGUUGUUUCAAGGUUACUGGCUUGUUAUCAUAACUUAUCUGCAGCACAACGAUUAUAGUAUAGAGGUUUACGAGGAAGGCUACUGGAGUUAUGUGAUGGGGCAAGUACAAACCAUUGAUCGGGUGUAUGGUUUUGGAAUUGAUACAGUGCUGCAUCAUAUUACCGAUGGGCACGUGGCUCAUCAUUUCUUCUUCACGAAAAUUCCGCAUUACCAUUUAAUGGAAGCAACAGUGGCAAUUAAAAGUGUCCUGGAGCCUUAUAAGGCAUAUCGAUGUAAAAGCAAUACCGACUUUUUGUUGGAUUAUUUGACGCUCAAUAUUAAAUUAGAAUACCUUAUUGGUAGAGGUACUGGCAUUCUUACCUAUGCUAGACAACAAAAAGAGGAAUGAUUUGUUGAGUUUUUUAUAAUAACCGGUUCAAAAAGAAGUGAACCCGGGAAUUCUUUCACUUCAGUUUUUCAAGAAAUGACGUUGACAGUUGAUGACAUUUGCUGGUAGAAGUUCGAUUUUAUUGAUAUGAAUUCUGCUUCACUGGUAUUAAAAAUUUCUAUUUUUCGAUGAUAGUAAAGUUCUUUGUUAAUAAUAUCGCUGUGCUUCAUUGAUAAACAUUUCUAGC